GGCAGGUGGAAUUUUUCUCAGAUUCUUGUCCUACUAAAAUUAUCCCUAACUAAAGAUGCAUCCAGACCUGUCUCCUCAUCUGCACACUGAAGAAUGUAACCUAGUUAUCAGUCUGCUCAAGAAGUGUCACAAGGAGCACAACAUUUUGAAAUUUUUUGGCCAUUGCAAUGAUAUUGACCGUGAGAUGCGGAAAUGCUUAAAGAAAGAGUAUGAAGAAAACAGGGCCAGGAACCAGGCGAUGCGACAGAGGCUAAUUAAUGCUCACAAAAACUCAGAGAAGUGAGCUGUACUGUAGUUGGCCAGCUGCAUCUCAAUAGAGACACUCAGUUGAAAGCUGGCAGAAUACUUCUUUCCCAUCACCAGUGCUCAGCCUGUGCUUUCUCAAAUGGUGAAGAAAUAAACACACCUAAUACAUAUUCAUUCCCAGCAAGGCAAACAAUGUGGAAAAAAAUAGAUAUGAUAAAAGAUCACUCACAA